CCGGUGGCGCCAAGACCGGAGCCGCGCGCGAUGGAGGCUGUACUAGCGCAGGUGGAGCAGCUGCCCGCGCUCUUGGCUGUCUCCCGCUCCGCGCUGGUGCGGGACUGGGACGCUCAGAUCCUGGACAGGGCUCUUGAGUGGGGCCGGUAUUUCCAGCAUCUCCACGAUCGCUUCCUCACCCGGCCUCGGCUCCGGGAGGCCCUUGGGCGGCGGCUGCGGCGGGGUCAGCCGAGCCUUUUGCUCGGCUUCCCGCAGCUGGGACGCUGCCCGCAGCUGCUGGGCCUGGCUCUGCUGGAGAACCGCGCUCUGCCGCCCGCCGCCUGCCGCCGCCUGCUGCUCUGCCUGCUGCAGCCUCCGGGUGUGGAGGCCGACGCCGAGUCCCGCAGCCUGCCUCUCCUCGCCCGCCGGAAGGCCGCCUCCCGCCUGCUGGCGCUGCCCGGCGGCCCGCCGCGGUCCCUGGAGGGGACUGAGCCGCAGCUGCAAGCGGAGGCGCAGCUUCUUCUGGUUCGGCUGCGGGAGGAGGAGCAGGAGAUCGUGCUGGCCAGCGAGGCCGAGGGUCGGCAACGCUGGCUCUCAGGUGUCCUGGAGCAGCUUCCCCAGCCCCGGGCCUUCCGGGUGGUGGCGGCGGCGCUGCUGCUGCUGGGGCAGGGCAGUAGCUCUGAGCAGGCCGGAGGCGGGGGUCGGGAUGGGAACAGCCUAGACGGAAACCAGGCGAGUGCAACAGGAGGUGAAGGUGUUGCCGGGCCCCUGCUUUCCUGGCUGCUGGGGAAUCUCGAGCGAUUUUCUGCCUUCUGCCGUUUCCUCCCAGGCUCCCUUCUUGCUUCCCUUGCUGGUCACUAUUCCCAGUUAAGCAGACCUUAUUUGGACCUCUUAACCACCUGGGGAAGCCUCUUGCUCUAUGACCCCUUGCAGGGACGGUGGGUUAAAAGUUGUCUUGACAAAGCUGGAUUGUCCUGGGAGGAGCUGAGGGAGCGCUUCGGGUACCUCUGUCGGGGAUCUGUGCUACUCGGGGGACAGACUCAAGCUGCUCUGAAACUCCUGAAGGCACAGGAUGGAGACUUUAAAGUCUGUGGCCUAAGUGUGUGGACUGACUUACUGAUGGAAGUAGAGGAAUAUCUGAGGAAAGAAGAUGAGCGCUGACGCGUGAAUGCAAAAGCAAUGUGAAAACUUCUGAAAUCCAGCAAACUUGCUUAACUCUUUGAUUUGAAAGAUAAGAAAAUCAUACCUCACUUUGGGUUGAAAACCAAGCACUGUUGUGACUGCUGUUUCUGACUGCAUAUGAAUUCUCUCAGGGAGGCCUGGUGCUUUCUUGUAGUUGUGCUCUCAUUUCUGGUCACUGCAGGAAAUGUCUUUUCAGUACUUUCUGCUUACCUAAUAAAAUGAAGAAAAUGCA